GUGGCCGUCGGUGCAGGGCCGGCCCCUGCUUUUGUUGGCAUGUGGAGAUCCAAUCGAUAAAACCAAAGAAAAGUCUGCAUUAUUAGGACUCUCUACAUGAUACAGAUUAUAGUGGUGUAUCUUGGUCCUGUUUGAUCCUUGUCAUGGCUGACGAAAACCAGCGAACCGAGCUUCCGCAAGAGCAGCCCCAACAGUCAACAACCAUCUCCCAAGAACAACCCCAUCAAUCAACGAUACUCCUCCCAGGGUCAGUGGGCCAUCCAUCUGGAGUAGAGGUAGCACCAAAAACAACAUGGCCUGAGGUGGUGGGCAUGACGGUGGAAGAGGCAGAAAGGAAGAUAAGAGAAGAUAUGCCUCGGGUUCAGUUCCAAGUAGUUCAGCCAAAUUGCUUUGUGACCAUGGAUUUCAACACUAGGCGAGUCCGACUGUACGUGGAUUCUGAAGGAAAGGUUUCCCGGGCCCCUAGAAUCGGCUAAUAGUUGUCAAUGUCCUUCUCUAGAGACUAAUGUAUUGGCCUUUACAAUGCAUGUCUUACCCUUGUAUGCAGCAGAUUUGGUGUUUCAGACUUUCUGUAUGUGGUAUCUAUUUUCAUUUGGUUAGCUGGAGCUUUAAAGCUUGGAUUUUAAUUAGUAAGAAGUAAGAACAAACUUGUUGUGCCAUUUGGAAUAAAUCAAUUUCAUCAUAUGAGCGAAGCCA